UAUAUAAAAAAAUUAAAUUUUUGGUCAUUAAAAUUUGAUAUGCGUUUGAUAAUUUUUAGAAAUAAACUAAAUUUCAACUUGUGCAAGUUUAAAUAUGGAAUUUGAGCAAUCGAUAGGUCGAAUAGCGAAAGGCGGUCUGUCAGUGAGACAAGCAGACGAUAUUUACAGGAAUCAUACGGCAAGUGGACAGUGGGCAAAAUGGUGGCAGACGAGAAAUUAUUUUUCUCGAAAGCUGUCCAACAUUUAGCUAGAUGUCUAGCAGCAAUAAAACCUACACCAUGGGAAAAGGUUACACAGUUAUUCAAGUUAUGCCCACAAGAAUCUGCUCAAGGUAUAUAUCGGCUAGAUCAAAGAGGUCAAGAUACAACCAUUGCAUUAGGAAUAUACCUUUUGGAAUCUGGUCUACAACAUCGGGAUAAAAUAUUACCUUAUCUUCUACGAUUAUUACGUGGUCUUCCAAAAGCUGUGUGGUUGGAUGAAGUCAAAUGUUCACCUAGUGAACGUAUUCCUGUUGCUGAACGUUUUAGCUUUUCCUUAAACACAUUACUUAGUGAUGUUGCAGCUAGAUGUGAACCUGUACGUGAAGAAAUAAUUUCUACUCAAGUAGAAAUAUUGGCAGUGUUAACAAAUCUCAUUAGGGGAUAUAAAGAUCAAAAUGGCAAUAGAGGAAUGCAAGCAAAAUUAUCAUUGUGUAAAUGUUUAGUUCCUGUGUUAAUAGGCUUAGCUCGAUCUAUGGGUCGCUUUGCGUAUACCGAUCCACCUCUUCUUUGUCGUAUUUUUCCAAGACCAGAACCACCCCUCUCAAUACCAAAUGCAGAAAUGCGAUUAACAUCAGAUAAAAAGCAACAUAGUUUUUCGAACUUUCGACCGAUUAUUCCUCGGUCGUUAAGUGGUAACUUGAAUCCUCAUUCGGCUAUAGAUACUGCACCUAGUCUGUUGACCGGGGAUUACGAUUAUCCCUGUGCCAAACGACCGUCGUUACGGUCUUAUUUAUCAAUACCCUACGAUCCGGCCACGUAUUUUUUUAGUAGAUAUGGAUCAAGUUUCAAUCAGUUUCCACAAAUGAGAUGCAAUGAGAGCCCUGAAAGAAGAGCUGGUAUGCAAUUUAAUGUAGUGCAUUUGCAAAGUGUACUAGCUUUAGCAAAGAAAUUGCUGACUAAAGAAAUUUUAACGUUUCUUGAUGAAGAAGCCGAGCAAGUUUAUAACUCUGGUCAGGUGCAAAUAUUUCCUUACCGAACAUUUAAUGAGACAAUGAAUCUAGUAAUGGUCGCCCUUUUACGGGAAUUAUUACAAAAUCAACGCGAUUUGCCUACUCCUUUCACAAGGGAUGUGCAAGAAUUUGUAAAGGGGCUUUUUUUAUCUGGCCAGACAGAAUUACAAUCACGUCAACAUGAUGCAAGUGAACGUGAAGAUAUGGAUACUAAUUUUCGAACUGUAAAUAGAUUUAAAGUAAACGUUAUGGCUAAUUCUGCGUGUGUUGAUCUUCUUGUUUGGGCAAUUGGUGAUGAAACUGUAAAAUUACUAUUUAAAACCAAGUCUUCUGUGUCGGUAGGAUUAUCUAUAGAUCAUUACAUUAUUUUUCCAGUGAGAGACCAGUAUGAUUUGUCCGCGCUAUUCGCAGAUAUCAGUUCGAUGCUGAUUGGCGAGGGUGCGGAUAGUUUAUGCGGUCGUUUAGUUGAAAAAAUUAAUUCUAAUCAUGGACCAAAAUUGGUGCUGGCACAUAUGCCUUUAUUAAUGGUAUGCCUUGAAGGAUUAGGAAAAUUAGCGCAAAAGUUUCCUAAUAUAGCAAGUACGUCUAUAUAUUACCUUCGAGACUUUCUUGUUGUUCCAUCGCCCAUACUACUUAAAUUACAUCGUCAACAAAGCGAAAGAGGAAAAGAUAUACAAGAUCCAAAACAAACUACUUCCUCGAUACAAACAGCAUUUGAAAAACUGCGAGAUGCAGCUAUUGGCAAUCUUUGUAUUGCUUUAGAAGCUGCUCACUCUGUAAAUCCAGAUUGUGUGCCGGCAUUAGUUGCCAGUGUGUCGAAUAGAUUAUUCGCUGCCGAUAUAUGUGACGGUGAAUCCGAUGAUAGGACGAAUAGCGAAUUAAUUUCGAAAAAUAUAGUAAUCAUGUUGGGACACGUUGCUGUUGCAUUGAAAGACACUCCAAAAACUAUGCGUACAAUAUUUCCGUUUUUCCAGCAAUUAUUUUGUCGCACCCCGAGUGAUCUUGAUUUUCUGAUAGUGGAUCAACUAGGAUGUAUGAUCAUAGCAAAAUGCGAAUCAAAGAUUUACGAAGGUAUAAUGCAAAUGUUCUCUAUGUCACUGGGCUCGAGUACAGCAACUUACGCUUCGAACGAUGAUCGCAAGCAGUAUUGUCACGUAGCAAAGGCAGUCACAAAUGCUCUUGCAAAUAUAGCAGCAAAUCUUCAAGGUGAGACAGAAUUGGACGAUUUACUUCUUCAUUUGCUUGAACUUUUCGUUCAACUUGGAUUAGAGGGUAAACGCGCCAGUGAUAAGGCGUCAAAUAAUAUUACUGUAACGAAAGCAGCAAGUAGUGCAGGAAAUUUAGGUGUACUUAUUCCUGUAAUCGCUAUAUUAGUGCGGCGGCUUCCACCUAUACGACACCCACAAAAAAGACUUUUAAAGCUUUUUAAAGAUUUCUGGCUUUAUUGUGUGGUAAUGGGUUUUGCCGGUGAUCAGGCAUCAAGAUUGUGGCCUGGAGAAUGGCAUGAAGGCGUCAAAGAAAUCGCUGUAAAAUCGCCUUAUCUUAUUUCGCAAACUAGUGCACGACUUGAAAUGAGAGAAUUGCAGUAUACCUCUGCUGUGCGAAAUGAUAGCGUUUCUUUGAAUGAAUUACAAGAAUUAAGGAGUCAAGUGUUAAAAAUAAGCACUCGAACUAACGAUAUAUCGCAAUAUGUAACAAAAUUACAAUUUGCACAGUGCACAUAUUUAUUAUCAGUCUAUUGGUUAGAGACAUUGAGAGUAGCCAAUAGUCCUGAACCUAGUUUACAACCAAUAAUGGAAUAUUUGUGCGACACAGAUCUACAGAAAGAUAAAAGUGGUAUGUGGCAAUGUAUAUGUUGUGUUGCUGACUCUGUCUUUGUAAAAUUUAAAGAUGUUAUGCAGCGUAAACCGAAAGAUGAAAGACGUGAAAAAGAGCUCGAAAAUCAUGCUCAAUUUCUUCUGGUUUAUUUUAAUCAUGUACAUAAGCAGAUUAGACGGAUAGCAGAUAAAUAUCUUAGUGCAUUGGUAGAUGCAUUUCCGCAUCUUUUAUGGAAUUGCAAAGUACUUUGGAGUAUGUUGGAUAUAUUACAGAUUUUAUCAUUCUCGUUGCAAAUUGAUCCAAACGAAGAGACACCAAUUUUACGAAUACCUAGUACACCAUACAGUAUUGAACUUAUGGAUACACUUGAGGCAAGAGAAACCAUCGUGAAAGAUUUCACUGCGAGGUGUAAGGGUAUAGUACAAGAAGCCAUGAAAUGGGCACCUCAAGCCACUAGAUCACAUUUACAGGAAUAUGUAAACCAAAUUCCAUCUUCUGGAUUAAAACAUCAUUCUGGUUUAUGUUUAUCAACGGAUUCGGUCCUAGAAUUUGUGGACCUUGCUAUUCCAGCAUCAGCUUUACCAAAUACUAAUUCAUUAGAUAAAAGACCUCGUGGUCCAAAAGGAGCCAGCUCUUGGCUUCUAUCAAUGAUGUCGACACGAUCACGAUACGCUGGAGAAAUAGCGGGAAUGCUAUCAUUGGCGCAAACCGAAUCAUCUACUUCUGAAAUAUCAUUCGAAGAAAUCAGAAACAAAGUUGUUGAUUUGUUAAUUGAUGCUGUAUGGAUGGCUUGCCGUGCUCGAAAUGAUGUAAAUCAUCGUAGUGCUCUUUGGCGUGCCACUGCAUUAUUAAUCUCUAUGCCUGGGACACAUAGACGUUUAUUGCAUACAGUAGCUUCUUCUCAAAUUGAAUUGUUCACUCCUGCAGCUAUGACCACAGCAGUUGAAUGUUGGCAGUGGAUACUCACUGUGCGGCCAGAUUUAAAGCUGCGAUUCUUACAAGAAAUGCUCGUAGCAUGGCAGUAUACCGUUGACAAAAGAAUGGGAUUAUUUGCGCCCGACGAAGAAGAAGUUAGUCCGUUAGCAGUAUACGAGGGUUGCAAGUUAGGUCCAAAUCCUCCGCAAGUGAAACCUCACGAUAUUUGGGUUACAUUUAUUGUAGAGUUAAUCGAAACUGCUAAAUAUUGUUGUCAAGAAACAGUUGAUAUGAUUGUUACAUUGUUACAUCGGUCAUUGCCCAUGACUGUUGGUGCUUCCGGCGAAGAACCUGGAAUGAGUCGUCACGUUGCUGCGGUUGGAGUGCGUUUUAAAUUGCUUUCUUGUGGACUACUUCUUCUUCAAGGAGAUAUCUUAGCAAGGACAUUGAGCAAAAAUGUAUUACGAGAACGCGUAUAUUGUAAUUGUUUGGAUUAUUUCUGUCGUGAUCGUCAAGUACCAACGCAAGAAUUAGAACAACUUCAUGAAGAUUUAGUUACACUUAUCCGUUUUUGGCAAGUAAUGCACAGUGAUAAAAAAUAUUUAGUAAUGACAGGUAAUGAAAGUGAAUUUGAAAUGUUAACACCGCAAUCGUGUUCAACUGGUGGUUUUGGAGCUAGUGAAACAAUUAGCUCUUUGAGUACAGCUUUAGGUACAACAAAUACUGAAUAUUCGAAAACAUCGACGAGUGUAUGGAUUAAUACAGUUCCAAUGUCUACCAGUAGUAAUACACUGGGUAAACGUAGUAAUCGUAGUAAGCGUGUCAUGAAUGCUAGCGUUUUCGUAAAAGAUUAUAUAAAGAAAAGAAACUUGAUUCUUGAACUACUAGCAGUUGAAAUAGAGAUGUUAUUGGUUUGGAGGAAUCCUAGUGGAAGACAAGAACUUACGCUUCCAGGUGAAUCAAGUAUUGCAGAAUGGCGCGCUAAGGGUAUGAACGAUCGGUGGCGAGAAUAUACACGCCUUGCGUGGGAAAUUAGUCCUGUUCUUGCUAUAUUUUUACCAGUUCGAUUGAAAAAUUCAGAAAUUAUUAUUAAAGAAGUAUGUGGUCUUGUUCGUCUUAAACCUGUACCAGUUAUGCAUGUCCCAGAAGCUUUACAAUAUCUCGUUACGACUGAUACUUUACUUAAUGAUGUACCUGAAUUGGUGUAUAUGCUAACAUGGGAGAGAGUGUCGCCUAUUCAAGCUCUAGCGUACUUUUCUCGUCAAUUCCCUCAUCAUCCAAUCUCUGCACAAUAUGCAGUAGAGGUGCUAAGUAGCUAUCCAGCAGAUGCUGUACUUUUCUACAUACCACAACUUGUACAAGCUGUACGUCAUGAUACUAUGGGUUAUGUGAUAGAAUUUAUAAAGAAGAUCGCUAAGCGUUCACAAGUAGUAGCACAUCAAUUAAUUUGGAACAUGCAUACGAAUAUGUACAUAGACGAAGAUAAACAAAUAGAUCCUGUUCUAUAUGAUAUAUUAGAUUCGCUCGUAAAAUGUAUUUUAGGAUCGUUAUCUGGUCCAGCAAAGCAGUUCUAUGAAAGAGAAUUCGACUUUUUCGAAAAAAUUACGAAUAUUUCAGGCGAAAUAAGGCUAUAUCCUAAAGGCCCUGAACGCAAAGCAGCGUGUUUAAGAGCUUUAUCAAAAAUCAAAGUUCAACCUGGUUGCUAUUUACCGUCUAAUCCUGAAGCUAUGGUAAUUGAUAUUGAUUAUCAAAGUGGCACUCCUAUGCAGAGUGCCGCAAAAGCACCAUUUUUGGCGCGUUUUAAAGUACAAAAAUAUGGAAUUAACGAAUUAGAAAAUAUUGCAUUAGCAGUAUCAACAAAUGGCAAAGUGGAUAUUAAAAGAGAUCCAGUAAAAGAAACAUGGCAAGCUGCUAUUUUUAAAGUUGGAGAUGAUGUCAGACAAGAUAUGUUAGCUUUACAAGUGAUUAGUAUUUUCAAGAAUAUAUUUCAAAAAGUUGGUUUAAAUUUGUUCUUGUUCCCAUAUAGAGUUGUAGCUACAGCCCCUGGGUGCGGUGUGAUAGAAUGUGUACCUAAUGCUACUUCACGCGAUCAACUUGGUCGCACGACUGAUAUCGAUAUGUACCAAUAUUUCGUCACACGUUAUGGGGAUGACACAACAAAAGAAUUUCAAAACGUACGCCGAAAUUUCGUAAAGUCAAUGGCUGCUUACAGUGUUAUCACGUAUCUUUUACAAAUAAAAGAUCGUCACAAUGGCAACAUUAUGUUAGACACCGAAGGUCAUAUCAUACAUAUCGACUUUGGAUUCAUGUUUGAAAGUUCGCCUGGUGGUAAUUUAGGCUUUGAGCCUGAUAUUAAGCUAACUGAUGAAAUGGUGCUUGUAAUGGGAGGUAAAAUGGAAGCUGCACCUUUCCGUUGGUUUAUGGAAUUAUGUGUACAAGCUUUUCUCGCCGUAAGACCUUACCAAGAGGCUAUUAUUUCUCUAGUUUCUCUAAUGCUUGAUACCGGAUUGCCAUGUUUCCGUGGACAAACGAUUAAACUUUUACGCGGCAGAUUCGUACCGACAGCAACUGAUCGUGAAGCGGCGGCCUAUAUGCUCAAUGUUAUACGUAACAGCUACCUCAAUUUCCGUACGAAAACUUACGACAUGAUACAGUAUUAUCAAAAUCAAAUUCCCUAUUAAAUUACUGUUUCUACAUGACUUUCGUUGACGAUUGUUAAUUUAUAAUGAAGAAAUUUAUUAUUUCUGCGAAAAUUGUUAAACGAAUACAUCAUGUACUAUAUCGUUAGAUGCAACGGCAAUGAAUCUGUUGCUUGUACAAACCCCUCAGUGUCAAUGUUAUUCUUCGAUUCACAUAAAUUUUAUGAAAGCAUUGUGCUCUGUAUGUAUGUAACAAUAAUGUAUUAUAACUUGGAAAAAUUAUCCUAUAUACCUGCUAUCAAGCAGAAAAUGUGUAUAU